GGGCGGACGGGUGGAUAAAGAGAUAGAAGCGGCAGCUGCAGCUGCAGCGGCAGAGUCAUCGUCCUCGCCUCCCCGUUCCCAGCGCAGCCAAGCCGGCACAAUGCCAGGCGCCGCCGUGGCCUCGCCUCUCCUCCUCUCGCUCUCCUCAUCCUCCUCCCCCUUCCUCUCCUCCUCAUCCACUUCCUUUCUGCCGCCCACUUCCUCCGCUGCCCCGCACUCCCCCGGCAGGACGAAGGCGGCGGUCUCCGUCCUCCGCGCGCUGCGGGCCGAGGCGGCCACCCUCCCCGUGCUCUCCUUCACCGGAGACAAGGUCGGGGAGGUCACGCUCGACCUCAAAUCCGCGCCGCCCUCCACCGCGCGCGCCGUCGUGCACCGCGCCAUCAUCACCGACCGCCAGAACGCGCGCCGAGGCACGGCCUCCACGCUCACCCGCGGCGAGGUCAGCGGCGGAGGGAGGAAGCCCUACCAGCAGAAGAAAACCGGAAAGGCGCGGCGUGGUUCGCAGCGAACCCCACUCCGCCCAGGAGGUGGCGUCGUAUUCGGCCCCAAGCCCCGCGACUGGUCCAUCAAGAUCAACCGCAAGGAGAAGCGCCUCGCCAUCUCCACCGCGCUCGCCAGCGCCGCCGUGGCCGAGGACGCCUUCGUCGUCGAGGAGUUCGACGAGGCCUUCGCGUCAGGGCCCAAGACCAAGGACUUCGUGGCCGCUCUGCAGCGGUGGGGGCUCGACCCCAAGCAGAAGGCCAUGUUCUUUGCCACAGAGUUCGAUGACAAUGUGCGGCUUAGCGGCAGGAACAUCGGUUCUCUCAAGAUGCUCACACCCAGGACGCUCAAUCUGUACGACAUCCUCGACGCCCGCAAGCUCUUCUUUACUCCUGCUGCCGUAGACUACCUCAACUCCAGGUACGGAACCAGCGCUUCUGAUGACUACGAUACUGAUGAUGAGGACGAUGCCGUAGAGGAACUGCUGGAGCAAGAAGUAGAAGAAGAAGGCACAACAGCGGAGGCUGCUCAAGAUGCGACUGAAGAGAGCGAGGCAGAUGGCAGUUCCUAGGUUCAUCUAAAUUAUUGCUCGAUCUAACAACUCGUCAGUGAGAUUAUGACGUGCAUAACGGUCCACCGUCCACCAAGGUCAUCAACGGAAAAGAGGAGAUUCUCAUCUAGGUUUUGCCAGCAUACUUUAUAAUUUCCUCUGCUUUUGCUGGAAUAAAAGUACUCGCGUCCGUUUAAUAUUAGCCCACUACCAACGAAAAGCUUGCAAAUCAUGGAGGCGGGACCUGGGCGCUGUAUUUCUGCCCAUUAUUUGGGACUGGUCAUGCAGAAAGUUUGUGCAAUUGAUUGGUUCCAAUUUGUAUCUACUAGGAUUGGUCCUUUCUCAUCGAAAGGAAUCGUUUGCUACUAGUGAGGAAAAAAAAAGGAAAAGCUUUACCACUA